AUGUCAUGGUGGGAGCUCUAGUGGUAAAGUGUAAUGUCCACACAUGACACACGCAACUUCCACAAGGGUGGUGACCACCGCAUUGUCCACAUUAACAAUAGUAUUUAGGCUAUAGACAUUAUUAAGAAUUUGUAUUUUAGUUAAAAUAUUUCUAUCUAGUAUUAAAAGUAUUAAUUCGUUUUUGUUAUGUCUUCCAGAGCAAUGUGAAACGGUAGUUUGCCCUGUGGUGCCCAACACUAUAUCUUCAUUGACUAGCAAAAUGUCGGUACCCCAGAACAUGGCAUUGAACCAGCGAGGCUAUUUGCAGUGGCGAGUGUACAACGAGAGCGGUCAACGAGUGCUGUGCUACUCUGUGCUGGUGCAAACACAGAGCCCGUUGCAGAAACUUCUGAGACGAUUUGGACUACUGCGGAGGAAAAGACAUGCAUAGUUAAAAAAAUGGUAAAUUACAGGGUGAUUUUGUAAAAUUAAUAAACCCGCGAAUUACAUUUUAAAAUUUUAUUUUCGCGAAAAUUACCGCUUUUAAGAAUUAUUAAGAUAAAGUUGUAUUGUUAAAUUGGUCUAUAGAGCUUAUUAAAAAAACCGGAUACUGAUAACAAAAUCACCCUGUAUAUCAUCGAAACUGCUGCUGAUAACCUUAGAUUAAUUAAAGCUCUGGUAAAAAUAGUACCUAUCUAUGUCUACUGCUGUGACUUAAAAAUAUUUU